ACGGUGCGUGGUUAAAUGCAGAUCAGCUUGUGCUUAGUUUUCGUCUGACCGUUUCACCAGCAUCGGAUUGCUUCCACGCAAAAACUAAUAUAGCCGUUUGACUUUGCAAGGCGGCCGGCUGCCUCGUUAUAAACCACGGUUUUUGCUCAUUUUUCUCUCCAUUCCAGUACACACCAGCAGCUCGUCCCACGAGCCGAGCCUCCACGCCGUGCACGCCCGCACCGCACCCUCCCAGCCGAACGGAGAAAGACAAGGCCCGAUCGAUCAAUGAAGGCGAUGAUACUACGCCGCCGCGGCGCCGGCGGCGGCUUGCGCAUCCCGAGGAAGGGCCGCGGCUUCAUGUGCGGCUGCGGCGGUUCCAAGGCCGUCUCCGUCUCCGACGGCUCCGACAAGCAGUCUCCUAUGGCCACGCCGCCCACCAACACAUCGACCGCCACCACCGCUACCACCACCAUGUCCACGGUCGCCACCACAGCGACGAGGAGGGCAGGGAACAGCAGGACGGCGUCGUUGAUAUCCACCGCGGCGGCGUCCUCCUCGUUCUCACACUCGUCAACGGACGAGGCCGACACCAGCGUGGGGAGCACCCCCAGCGUCGCCGCGCUCCUGCGGCAGCUCGCCGAGCUCGAGCGCACCGUCCGCUCCCUGCAGGGCGAAGCCGCCGACGACGGAAGGCGGCACAGGCGCACCACCAGCGAGGGUGGCGGCAGGAGGGUGGAGGAGAGCGUGGCGGUGGUGAAGGAGUCAGCCGACCCGCUCGCCGACUUCCGGCGGUCGAUGCUGCAGAUGAUCGUGGAGAAGGAGAUCGUGGGCGGCGCCGACCUGCGGGAGCUCCUCCACCGUUUCCUCUCCCUCAACUCGCCACACCACCACCACCUCAUCAUCCGGGCCUUCGCCGAGAUCUGGGAGGAGGUCUUCUCCGGCUACGAGCGCACCCCGGACUUCCUCGUCUCCAACUCCCACGGCAGGAAAAGGCUCCCCGCAGCCAAUUCCCUCCACGGAACUGUGCGGUGCUAGCUUUGGUCUGGUGCUCCGUCGAUCCAAUACCAGCCGUCGAUUUUCUUUUCUGGCUGGGACAAAGGUUUUUAGUAGGGUUUGGUGAGUUCUUGGUGCAUUCCCUUUCUUCCACUUCACAUAUUUUUUUACCUUGUACAAACGUUUGAAACGGACGAGCCAGGAACAUUUUCAGGUCCCGGAUGUCCUCGAUUGAAAAGUUGAUUUGUUUUGCCCUCGAUUGGAAAGUUGAUUUGAUUUGCCAGAAA